UUGGCGCGGCGUCUCGUCAGUCCGACGCUUCGCCAGUGCAGCGCCGACGACGCGGGCGGGGGUAGCGGGUGCUGAGGCAUUGGGGGCUGUCCGCCAUGGCAGGCGUGGAUCUGUUCUCGCAUCCCGCGCUGUACACGCGCUAUCGGGCUGGACUCUGCUCCGCCGCUGCACUGGCGCUGUUGCUCAUCACGGCGCUUACCUAUGUGCCGCCGCUGCUGGUGGCCUACCGGAGCCACGGUUUCUGGCUGAAGCAGAGCGCGUACCUGGAGCAGCCCACUGUUCGUUUCCGGUACGAGGUUCUCUUCGUCGCCACCAUGGAGUCCGGCCCGGGCAGCUUCUUGGCGUGGAGCACAUUCCCAGAGUUCAACAGGCUCCAGGAAGACCGGCUUCGAGUCCCGCUUCUGUCGACUAGAGAAGAAGACAAAAAUCAAGAUGGCAAAAUGGAUCAGUUGCAUUUUAAACUGGAACUUCCACUACAACCAACAGAGCAUGUAGUUGGCAUUCAGCUGAUUCUACUCUUUUCCUACCAACUUUAUAGAAUGUCAACAUUUGUGAUGCAGAGCAUGGCUUUUCUUCAGUUUUUUUCUCCUGUGCCAGGGUCUCAACUCUAUGUGAAUGGAGACUUGAAAUUAAACCAGAGGCAAUUACUUAACCAUUGUGGACUGGAUACCAGAUACAAUGUGUCUGUGGUCAAUGGCACUAGUCCUUUUGCAAGUGACUAUGAUCUAGCAAAUAUCAUUGCAGCAUAUUGGGAUAGAAAUGUGACAACAGUCUUUUCAGAUCCCAGCCCUGUUUGGAUGACUGGAAGAGCAACAGAUACACCAUUUAUCAUUAAUGCCACCAUUCAUUACCCAGUGGAAGUUAUUAAAUAUCAGCCAGGAUUUUGGGAAAUUAUUAAAUUUGCCUGGAUCCAGUAUGUCAGCAUCCUCCUUAUCUUUCUUUGGGUGUUCGGCAGGAUUAAGAUGUUUUUGUUCCAGAAUCAGGUGUUGACUACAAUUCCAGUAUCACCAGUUCUGCCUGUAUCUCCAGUACUAUCCUACAAACAGCACCAGUCCUGAAGAGAUGCUUGAGAACACUUUAUAGAAAUAUAAAUUAUUUCAAAAAUAGUUACCUGAUUUUAUUCUCUAUACACUUCUUACUGCAGAAGAUCAGAAUUUUGUAAGCAUGUUCCAAGUAUGCUCUGUUUGUGCUUCCAUUUUAAAAUACAUGUCAAUUCAUCUUA